GAAGCUCGCUCAUCUGUUGGGAAGUCGGGAGGGUAACUAAAAAGCGGAGCCAAGUAGCAAGCAAGAUACUUUUUUAUUUAGCGCCCUUGUAAGUCAACUCUCCAUAGGAGAAAGGGACCGCAACUUGUUGAAAGUCGUUCAUUGAACUAUUGUUUAUCUUCUCCGUAGCUAAUGGUAACUCGGUUAUAUUUUAGGGACACUAUUUGGUCUCGCUGCACCACAGAAAUAUAAUUGGGUUGCUGUUGGCAGGCUUUCACAAGUAGCGUAACGUUUUCCUCGGCUACUGUUAGCCCGCUAGCUGGCGAGAAGAGAGGGGGACAAGAAAAUGGAGUUGGACGAUGGAGUUCUUUACCAGGACGACUCUGGCAGUUCGGCAAUGAUGUCUGAACGGGUUUCGGGUCUGGCGAGCUCAAUUUACCUAGAGUUUGAACGGUUGAUCUGUCAGUACGACGAGGACGUUGUGAAAGAACUCAUGCCGCUCGUCGUCGCAGUGUUGGAGAACUUGGACGCGGUGUUCGCGGACAACCAGGAGCACGAAGUCGAGUUGGAGCUUCUGAAAGAGGACAACGAACAACUUGUUACCCAGUAUGAACGGGAGAAAUCGCUCAGAAAAUCUACAGAAGAGAGGUACAUGGUGUUUGAGGACAGUCAGGACAUGGAGAAGAAGGACCUUCAGGGUCGACUGGUGAUGCUGGAGUCUCACACACGUCAAAUGGAGCUCAAGACCAGGAACUACUCGGACCAGAUCGGUAGAAUGGAGGAACGAGAAGCCGAGCUGAAGAAGGAGUACAAUGCCCUCCACCAGAGGCACACCGAGAUGAUCCACAGUUACAUGGAGCACUUGGAACGUACCAAACACCAGCUGGAGACACCCUCGGACACAAGCACAAGCAGAUCAAGGAAGGAACGUCCCAUCUCCAUGGGGUUAUUCCAGUUACCAGGAAGUGAUUUGACCUCUGACCCGCAGAGGGAAACCGUGGAAACGCCGUCUGAACCCUGGAGAUAUAACGACCUGAGCCACCCUCACUCCAACACCAGCCUUAAGGAUGAGAUGUCAAAUGCUAACCGUGGAGGCUCCAAGUCGGGAACCCCCAUAUCCAGGCAAGGAGCAGGCUCCAAAAUGUCCUCGCAACAAGGUGGCUCUAAAUCGGCCACCCUGAUGUCUUCUCAAGGAGAGUCCAAAUCCGGUACCCCUAUUUCAUCUCAAGGGGUGGACCCAAAAUUGGUUACCCCAAUGUCCACACAAAGCGGCGGCUCAAAAUCUGUCACCCCAAUGUCCAGUCAAGGGGGCGGGUCUAUGUCGGCCACUCCCAUGUCUACUUCCGUGUCUGAUGUUGCCAUGGCAUCUGUGGGCACGCCCCACCAGGAAGAGUUAGAGGAAGUGGGCGAGGGUCUGACCAGGAACCUGGACAGAAGCGACAGGAAGCCAGAGAACAUCAGCAGUAAGAACACCACAGUCCUGGAGGGACAGGACUCCGAGCUGAGAGGAGCAGGAGUCACAGGAGGGUCAGGACCUCUCACAGACGCAGCAGGUGAUAACACUGAGUCAUCAGAGGUGCAGUCCAUCAUAGAGUCCACUCCUGAACUGGACAUGGACCUCAGUGGCUACAAAGACGCCAGUACUCCUUCUAAAGGAGUAGGUAUAGAAAACAUGGCGUUCGACAGGAACACAGAGUCUUUGUUUGCGGAGCUGUCCUCGGCAGGACCCGACAUGGAAGUAGACAUAGCAGACAUGGACGAGGGAGCCGACCUGCUUGGUAUGGGUCGUGAAGUGGAGCACCUCAUCCAUGAGAACACUCAGCUGCUGGAGACCAAAAAUGCGUUGAACGUGGUGAAGAAUGACCUGAUAGCGCGUGUAGAUGAGCUGUCGUGUGAGAAGGAGGUGCUGCAGGGAGAGCUGGAGGCUGUGACUCAGGCCAAGACCAGACUGGAGGAGAAGAACAAGGAGCUAGAGGAGGAACUCAGGAGGGUUCGGGUGGCAGAGGAAGACAAAGUGAAGACCAAGAGUGAGAACAGUGAGGAAGAUGCGGAUGUUCCCACGGCUCAGAGGAAGAGGUUCACCAGGGUAGAGAUGGCCAGAGUCCUCAUGGAGAGGAACCAGUACAAGGAGAGACUGAUGGAGCUACAGGAAGCUGUACGAUGGACAGAGAUGAUACGAGCAUCUAGAGAGAACCCUGCCGCCGCAGACAAGAAGAAAUCCAGCAUCUGGCAGUUUGUUUUCAGCCGGUUGUUCAGUUCAAGUGGCGGAGCAGCUAAGAAGCCGGCGGAGGCGGCUCCAGUUAAUGUGAAGUACAACGCCCCCUCGUCCCAGGUCCAGCCCUCUGUGAAGAAGAGGAGUGCAGCGCUGCAACAGUUACCCAGUGACAAGAGCAAGGCCUUCGACUUCCUCAAUGAGGAGUCUGAGGCAGGCAACAUGGUGUCUCGUAGGGAGCAGAAGAGAGCCCAGUACAGACAGGUGAAAGCCCACGUUGAGAAGGAAGAGGACGGCCGGGUACAGGCCUAUGGGUGGAGCCUGCCACAGAAAUUCAAGGUGGCCAAUGGUGGUCAGACGUCAGAGAACAAGAUGAAGAAUCUACCUGUACCGGUCUACCUCCGACCACUGGAUGAGAAUGAUGCUACCAUGAAGCUGUGGUGUGCUGUAGGUGUGAACCUGUCAGGGGGUAAGACUCGUGACGGGGGGUCGAUAGUAGGAGCCAGUGUGUUCUACAGUGACCUGACCAGCCCUGGUCCUGAGAGCCGUUGCAGGAAGAUAGGAUCACAGAGCAGUCUGGACAAACUGGACCAGGACCUGAAGGAGCAGGAGAAGGAGCUGCAUCACCAGGAGGAGCUGUCCUCUCUGGUCUGGAUCUGUACCAGUACUCAGGCCACCACUAAGGUCAUCGUCAUCGACGCCAACCAGCCUGGGAACGUCCUGGAGAACUUCUUAGUCUGCAACUCCCACGUCCUCUGCAUGGCCAGCGUGCCAGGUGCCAGAGAGACCGACUACCCGGCAGGGGAGGAGGUACCCCAUAACCCGGAGGCGGGGUCAGGUGCUGAGGGCGGGACUCUCGAAGCCAGCACAACCAGUAGUGGCUCAGGGGGCGAAGCUGGAGUGCUGGCAGGGAUCAAUGUGGUUGGCUGCUCUACCGAGGGGGCGGUGGCUACCCCCCAGACAGCAAGCACAGAGAAUGAAACCGACACAGACUCCAAGGCUGCAGAGGAGGCUACUGAAGCUACAGAGGCCAGUGCAGGUCCUGCAGGUCCAGAGCAUGACUUAAGUCAGAGGGGAGUCUACACUGAACAUGUCUUCACUGACCCUCUGGGUGUUCAGAGUACUAGCCCUGGGAAGUCGCCAGCCAACUACACACAGAGGGAGUCUGAUCUGGUGAAGGAUGGUGUGAGCUCCAACCCUAACCCAGAGGAACAGGACCUGAUGAGAGAAGAAGCCCAGAAGAUGAGCAGUGUUUUACCCACCAUGUGGCUGGGAGCACAGAACGGAUGUGUGUACGUGCACUCGUCAGUGGCCCAGUGGAGGAAGUGUCUCCACUCUAUAAAGCUGAAGGACUCUGUCCUGGGCAUCGUCCAUGUGAAGGGGAGAGUGUUGGUGUCUCUGGCUGAUGGAACACUGGCUAUCUUCCACAGAGGAGUGGAUGGUCAGUGGGAUCUGACCAACUACCACCUGUUAGACCUGGGCAGACCCCACCACUCUAUCCGCUGUAUGACUGUGGUUCACGACAAGGUCUGGUGUGGCUUCAGGAACAAGAUCUACGUGGUCCAGCCCAAAGCCAUGAAGAUAGAGAAGUCAUUUGAUGCCCACCCCCGUAAGGAGAGCCAGGUGAGACAGCUGGCGUGGGAUGGAGAUGGUAUCUGGGUGUCGAUCCGACUGGACUCUACUCUGAGACUGUUCCACGCCCACACACACCAACACCUGCAGGAUGUUGACAUAGAACCCUACGUCAGCAAGAUGCUGGGUACGGGGAAGCUGGGCUUCUCGUUUGUCAGGAUCACAGCUCUCAUGGUGUCCUGUAACCGUCUCUGGGUGGGCACCGGCAAUGGCGUUAUCAUCUCUAUACCUCUCACUGACACCAAUAAGGUGACGGCGGGGCCAGGUAAACCUGGUGGAGUGAUCCGUGUGUAUGGUGAUGAAAACAGUGAUAAGGUGACAGCUGGAACCUCUGUACCCUUCUGCUCCAUGGCUCACGCUCAGCUCUGUUUCCAUGGUCACCGAGAUGCCGUCAAGUUCUUCACGGCUGUCCCAGGUCAGGUGAUCCCGUCAGGUGCUGGCGGAGCAGCAGAGGUGGGGAGUGACAAGGGGGUAGAGGAGCACCCUCAACAACAGCAGGAAAGGUCUGUUCUGGUGAUGAGUGGUGGAGAGGGAUACAUCGACUUCAGGAUGGGUGACGAGGCUGGGGAGACUGAGGAGGCACUGGAUGAGCACACUCUGAAGCUGCAGCCGUUCCUGGCUAAAGCUGAGAGGAGUCACCUGAUCGUCUGGCAGGUCAUGGGCAGUCAGGCAUGAACUUUUAACCCUUGAUCUCUAACCCUGCCACAGAGAUGAAGAAUGGGAGGAGCCUGCUCGAAGCAGGAACAAAGCUGGCCAAUCAGAUUCACUCUUCUGCAUGUUUCUUUUUGUUUUACGGUUAUUUUUUAUUUAAUUUGUAAUUGUAUUGAUUGUAUUGAAUUUUAAAUCUGAUACAAGCCUGUUGCUCUUUUAUUAUUAUUAUUAUUAUUAUUGAAAACAAAAUUAUUUCUGUUUUAUUUAAUUUUCUUAGGUCAUGUUUCGCACUUGGUUUUAUAUUGUAUGCCUAGUGUCCAACCCCUCUGUCCAAAUACUGCGUGGUGAUUGGUUGGAAUCAAUGUAGGUUCAGGGUGUGUCUUUGGCCACACCCCUGUCCUCAUCUUUGCUUCCUUUCAGUAAAGGACCGAUUGGACAGAGGAGACAAUACUGUAUGAAACUGUACGAGACACCUGCACACAGGAGAAUAAUGAUGUCGGUGUUUGAACUGCAAAUCCAAAUCAACCGCAUGAUGUCCAAUAAGAAAGCAAGUAUUACAGGAGAAUCCAGCGAUGGAGCCAAUCCAGUGUGUCCUAAAUGAUACAGGUGUGCUCUUCUUGCAUGAUCAUUUUUAUUUUAUGUUGUGAGAACAUGGAUGUUGAUUGUACUUAAUACAGUUUAAUCAAUUGUCAGUUUUCUGGACUUGGGAUCAGUGUUGUUCUCCAUGACUAUGGUCUAUGGAAAACCUGAUAGAUCAAUCAUGUCUGUAGCUGCAGGGUCAGAGAAUCGCCCUAUUGCAAUACCGAAAAAUGCAUCCUCCCUUCCUAGGGGUAAUUACAACUGGGUUGGAUUGAUGAUUGAGACAGAUUAGUAGUUAAUUACCUCACGGAAGGUAGGUAGGAAGGCAGGGUUGCACUUUAAGUGUGUUGGAACAGGGUCUCUGACUUUAGUUUCUGUGCCGCUGCUCUCCCAUCCUGCUCUCCCAUCAGCUAGAGCUUGCAGACAUUUUACAAAAAUCAACUGUUGCCUUAGGUUUUAAAAGUAAAAAAGGAAAUGUUUAAAACUACAUUAUGGACUUUUGAAGUGUGACUGAGUAUGUAUACCUAUGUGAAAGAAUGUUACCAAAGGAAAAAUAAUUUCAGUUGAUCAGAAUAAAGUAAAUGUACAGCGUUGUAGCAGCAUUUUCAACCCAUCUCUCUUUAGAUACAAUAACAUUUUGACAGACCGUCUUUGUUAUAAGGUUCAUUGUGUAUGGAUAGAUAUAUUUUUUAAGCCAUCUCUGUAAAUGCAGAGAUGUGAUUGUGUAUAAUAGCUGGUUUCUCUGCUUCUGGAAUCUUUUGUAUGCUGAGAGUAGAUGUUACCCAUAGGCACAGAUCUAGGAUCAAUUUACCCUCCGCAAAUCCCAACGUGAACAAUUAGUGGAGGAACAACUCAACACUGACAUUAGAUAAGCGUCUAGGGGCAACGUCUUCCUUUUACCUUUUGUACACUAGGGGACAGGGUGACUGAUCUCUGACCAAACAGGAUCCCUCCUGAUAGGUUGAUAUGAUACUGAAGUGUUCAGAGACUAUUUGAAGCCUAUUUUUAUUAUUGACUUUUGUAUGUUUGUCUUUUCGACCCUAAUCUGUGGUUGCGUCUAGAUGGGGAGUAAGGUGUCAUUUAAUCUGUGGUUGCGUCUAGAUGGGGAGUAAGGUGUCAUUUAAUCUGUGGUUGCGUCUAGAUGGGGAGUAAGGUGUCAUUUGACACACUCGGCCGGAGUCUGGUCUGUGUACCAGCAGAUUGUGCUGGUGAGUGUUACUACGGUGUCUGUCCUGAGGAGUGAACGAGGGCGUGUGUGUGUGCCUUUGUGCUGGUCUGUGUGUGUGUCUGUCUGUCUGCUCUCCAGGAGAAGAGAUGUUUCAUAUCGCAGUUUAGCCAUUUCAGUAUUUAUUUCUAUGAAUGAGUCUUCGCAGUUCAGAAUGUAACUUUGUACAAUAUGAAAUAUGACUAUAUGAAUAUAAAUUGUAUAUGAAACAUUGAAAUGGCUUGGGUUUAUUGUUUUGACAAUGAUUGUAAUUACUGCGCUAUACAUUACCCUGCUUGUACAAAACAUUAAAAACACCUUGCUAAUAUUGAGUUGCACCCCCUUUUGCCCUCAGAAUAGCCUCAAUUUGUCUGGGCAUGGACUGUACAAUGUAUCAAACGUUCCACUGGGAUGCAUGUUGACUCCAAUGCAUCCCACAGUUGUGUCAAGUUUGCUGGAUGUCCUUAGGGUGGUGGUGGACCAAUCUUGAUACACACAGGAAACUGCUGAGCGGGAAAAACCAUUCUUGCCCAUUUAUCCUCUGAAUUUCACACAUACACAAGCAAUGUCUCAAUUGUCUUGAGGAUUAAAAAUCAUAUUUUAA